AUUAAAAACAUGGGGCACAGUUGGCUGCACUGCAACUAGAAUGGUGAACAGUACUUUGGCAACGUUUGGGGUAGCUGCACACGGAUCUGUCCAACAUGCUGCUGGAUGAGUUCUGUGUGAAGGUGUAUUUCUGGCCAUUUCUCUCGUAUUUGGCCAGCAUCAAAGGCUGGUGUCCCCUCUAUCCGACAGGUUAUUUUCCCGUCUAUUAUACAUUACCAGCUCCGCUGCCCACGCCGCCACUAACGCCCAUCUUGACGUCCACGUCCGCAGUGCCGCCAACGUAUCAGCCAACGCCGCCAACCACACCAUUUCCAACGCCACCGUUACCAACGAUACCAUUUCCAACUCCACCAUUUCCCACGACUGUGACAACCACAACUGAAGUUAUUGUUACCUUGCCGCCGCCCACUUUGCCGCCGCCCACUCUGCCGCCACCCACUUUGCCGCCGGCCACAUGUCCACCAUCGCCCUUUGUUUGCCUGCCGGGUGGAGUGCCCCCAUUGCCCAAUUGUCCCUGCAUCGAUCCCAGGCAGCAACAGCCACAGCAACAGAAUCAGCCUCCAUCCAGUUUACCCAAUGGUUCGGAUAUGAUGGUCUUCGUGCAGCUUAAUCCCACAGGACGUCGUCGUCGCCGUCGGCGGCCCCAGCAGCAGAGCUGCCAGGAUGCACGCUCACGUGCCGGCAGCUGUGUGCCGUUAACCUCCUGCUUACAUCUCGUAGAGACUUUUCAGGCGGGCACAGUUUCCAACGAGCUUCAAUUGUUUCUGGGCCAGUCCAUAUGCGGUUUUGAUGGCUCCAGCUUUUUGGUCUGCUGCUCCGCGGAGCCGGCGUCCAUUGUGGCCAGACGACCCAAGGAGUAUUUGCCAACUGGUGUCGGCUUCUCUUUCUCCUCGCUUGGUGCACCGACCACACAGAACCCUCCGCCUAUUGUCGUCUUUCAGCCCACGCCACCCCACAAUCAGGGUCAAUUUGUGGUGCACACCACAACGCCACGUGUUGUGCCACCAACUUUCCCCAGCAACUUGCCCAGUUCAAGUGCCUGUGGCGUAGGUGGCGCCACCACAAAUCGUGUCGUGGGCGGUAUGCCUGUGAGGAAAGGUGCGUAUCCCUGGAUGGCUGCCCUGGGCUACAUUGAUGAUACCAAUCCCAAUGCCAUCAAGUUCCUCUGCGCUGGCAGCUUGAUUAGUUCAACGUUUGUUGUGACAUCGGCGCACUGCAUCAAUCCAACACUGACACUGGUGCGUCUUGGUGCUCAUGAUCUGUCGCAGUUAAAUGAAGCUGGCGCUGUGAAUUUUCGCAUCCGUCGCAGCAUUGUUCACGACCAAUAUGAUUUGUCCUCAAUUGCAAAUGAUAUUGGCAUGAUUGAGCUGAAUGGCGAGGCGCCAUCUGGUGGUGAUAUACGUCCAAUUUGCCUGCCGGAUUCGAGCCGAUUUCAGCGCGAAGAUCAACUUGUUGGCAUGAAUCCGUUUGUGGCCGGUUUUGGUGCCACUCAGCAUCAGGGAAGCACUUCAAAUGUGCUGCGAGAUGCUCAGGUGCCGAUUGUCUCUCGGCAGAGCUGCGAGCAGAACUACAAGUCUGUCUUCCAGUUUGUGCAAUUCAGCGACAAGCUGAUUUGCGCAGGCAGCUCCAGAGUCGAUGCUUGUCAGGGGGAUUCCGGUGGACCACUUAUGCUGCCGCAGUUGGAUGGUAAUAUGUAUCGUUACUACUUACUGGGUAUCGUUUCAUUUGGCUAUGAAUGCGCCAGACCCGGGUUUCCUGGUGUAUAUACGAGAACUAGCAGCUACUUGGACUGGAUACAGCAGAUACUACGCGGUUAUUCUAGGGGCAGAAAACGUAGAUCUAUCUCACAGAAUCUUGGACUUAGAAAUUAA